GGCCGGUGUGCCUGCUCCCAGCCCGGCACCAUGAACGUCUUCGACCGAAACAUCAACUUUGACGCCCUCUUCAAGUUUUCCCACAUCUCGGCCUCCACCCAGGAGCACCUGAAGAGGGUCUAUGCCAGCUUCGCCCUCUGCAUGUUCGUGGCGGCCGCGGGGGCCUACAUCAAUGUGGUGACCCACCUCUUCCAGUUCAGCUUCCUGACCGGCCUGGGUGCCCUGGGGCUGAUGAUCUGGCUGACGGCCACCCCGCACAGCCGGGAGACAGAGCAGAAGAGGCUGGGGAUGCUGGCCGGCUUCGCCUUCCUGACGGGCAUCAACCUGGGGCCUCUCCUGGAAAUGUGCAUCUCCAUCAACCCCAGCGCCCUGUCCCCCCGGCGCCGCAGCUUCCUCUACCUGGGAGGUUUCCUGCUCUCCGGCCUCACCCUGAUGCUUCUGUCCUCCGUGGUUAACGCCUUCAUGGGAUCCACUUGGCUCUUCACGGCCAACCUGUACCUGGGGCUGAUGAUCAUGUGCGGCUUCGUGCUCUUCGACACGCAGCUCAUCAUCGAGAAGGCGGAGAGCGGGGACAAGGAUUACAUCUGGCACUGCGUCGAUCUCUUCCUCGACUUCGUCAACAUCUUCCGGGAGCUCCUGAUGAUCCUGGGCAUGACCGAG